CAGACCGGAAGCGGCUGCGGGCGCUUCCUGCGCUCCCCGGGCCGGGCCGUGGGGUUGCCUAGCGAUGUCCUGGGUCCCAGCAGCUCCCGGGGUCCGGGGCGGCGGAGAGGAGGGGGAAGUGUUCGACGAGGAAGCGGACGAGUCGCUCCUGGCGCAGCGGGAAUGGCGGAGCCAGAUGCAGAGACGAGUGAAAGAAGGCUAUAGAGAUGGACUACAGGCUGGCAAAGCAGUUGCCCUUCAACAAGGCUUCAAUCAAGGUUAUAAAGAAGGUGCAGAAGGCAUUAUAAACUAUGGACAACUCAGAGGAACGCUGAGUGCUUUGCUCUCCUGGUGUCACCUUCAUGAUAACAGUUCGGCUUUGAUCAGUAAAAUAAAUAACCUUCUGGAUGCAGUUGGCCAUUGUGAAGAGUAUGUGCUCAAACAUCUGAAAUCAAUCACCCCCCAGCCGCAUGUUGUAGAUUUAUUGGACUCCAUUCAGGACAUGGACCUUUGUCAUGUAUCUCCAACUGAGAAAAAGAUUUAUGAAGCUGAAGAUGAAAGACUCUGUGAAAAUAAUGCUGAGUUUAACAAAAGCUGUAGCAAUAGUCUUAGUGGGGUAGAUUGUUCAUCUUUAGAAUGUUGUGGAACACAGGAGCAUACACAUUCUGAAAACCCAAACCUUACUUGGAUUUUAGAACAGACAGCUAGUUUGGUAAAACAGCUGGGAGUAUCAGUAGACAUAUUACAGCACCUCAAACAACUAUGAAAAUUAUCUUCACUUUUCUGGUGAAAAUAAUGUUCAGAACAUUCCUUGGAGCAUUUUGUUUCUUAACAAGUUUAUCAAAAUUUGUACUGGUUUCUACAUUGAACACUUCACUAGCCUUUGUGGAAGUUUGAAACAUCUUCAGAAUUAACACUAUUAAAUGUAAUAUAAGCUCUUUUUCUCUGUCACUGGUAAUUUUUACAAAGUUUAUGAUAUGCUCAGAAAUUCCAGUUAUCAUCAUCAUUUCCAGAUUUCUGAUCAAAACCAUUUUCAGACUCACUAGCAAAAGUGAAUCAAACAUUUUGUAAGGGCCUAACCCUACUUUCUGCUCUAUCACCAUCAGUUAGUUAGGACUUCAUUUCCAGCUAGUCAGACCAAGGUUACCAAAUAUAAUGGCUAACAUCGUAAAUAGAUAAACACACAUAGAUUUGUAGAUUAAGAGGCCAUAAGUAUAAAAAACUGAAGAUGUGUUUAUACUGAUGAUUAAAAACAUGCUAUAAAUACUAAAAUUGAUCUUAGUUUAGUGUUAAUUAAAAGUAAAAACAUACAAUUCCCUGAAAAAUACAGAAAAUAACUUAUUUUCUACCCUUUUUAAAAUCAGUGAUUCUUUGCAGCAUUUUCUCUCUUGAGGGCAAUUUAAAAGAUACAGAGUAUCAAAAAGGACAACUCUGUCAUGCUCUUAGCUCCAUGUGCUAUUUGACCACUUGGCUCUGAACUAUGCCAUUACUGCUAUGGAAUCUUAGCAGGUAUUCGAUGUUGGUGCUGAGGCCACCAACAUUUUUUGUGAUUGAUAGGAACUGGGCAACUAAAUUCCCCUACCUGCCUCCUUAUUUCAUUUAUAUCCUAACCCAGCUUACUACCUGCUUUGUGGUAAACCAAAAUGAAAGCUUUGAACCAAAUCCAAGUUGUGGUCCUUGCCCAUCUUCAAACUAAAAUUAAAGGUUUGUGUUCCAGUCUGAGACUGAAGUUAUAUUAAUAUACAUAUAGGAAUAGAGUCUAACUUAAUUCUAAGUCUUAUUCUUAAUUUCAGACCAGUGGAUGAAGUAAAUAUCAUAUGCUAUAUUAAUAAACCACCAAUC